GGGGCUGCCUUCCCUGGCGCAUCCCCGAGCGCAGCACCGGCGCUGCCGAGCCACCUCCCCCGCCGCCCGCUAGCAAGUUUGGCGGCUCCAAGCCAGGCGCGCCUCAGGAUCCAGGCUCAUUUGUUUCCACCUAGCUUCGGUGCGCCCUGCUAGGCGGGGACCCUCGGGAGCGAUGCCGGUGGAUGUGAUUUUAGUUGUGUGGUUCUGUGUGUGCACUGCCAGGACAGCAGAAGAUAUGAAGCCACCCGUGUUAUCGCUGAUGUGGAGUACUAGAGUUCUGAAGUCUCUGCUUCAGCAAUUCCUUCAGGGAGUGGUGGGCUUUGGGAUGGACCCUGACCUUCAGAUGGAUAUCAUCACCGAGCUUGACCUUGUGAACACCACCCUUGGAGUGGCUCAGGUGUCUGGAAUGCACAAUGCCAGCAAAGCAUUUUUAUUUCAAGACAUGGAAAGAGAGAUCCAUGCAGCUCCUCAUGUGAGUGAGAAAUUAAUUCAGCUGUUCCGGAACAAGAGUGAAUUCACCUUUUUGGCCACUGUACAGCAGAAGCCAUCCACUUCAGGAGUAAUACUGUCCAUUCGAGAACUGGAGCACAGCUAUUUUGAACUGGAGAGCAGUGGCCUGAGGGAUGAGAUUCGGUAUCACUACAUACACAGUGGGAAGCCAAGGACAGAGGCACUUCCUUACCGGAUGGCAGAUGGACGAUGGCACAAGAUUGCCCUGUCAGUUAGUGCCUCUCAUCUUCUGCUCCACGUCGACUGUAACAGGAUUUAUGAGCGUGUGAUAGACCCUCCAGAUACCAACCUUCCCCCAGGAAUCAAUUUAUGGCUUGGCCAGCGCAACCAAAAGCAUGGCUUAUUCAAAGGGAUCAUCCAAGAUGGGAAGAUCAUCUUUAUGCCGAAUGGAUAUAUAACACAGUGUCCAAAUCUAAAUCGCACUUGCCCAACCUGCAGUGAUUUCUUAAGCCUGGUACAAGGAAUAAUGGAUUUACAAGAGCUUUUGGCCAAGAUGACUGCAAAACUAAAUUAUGCAGAGACAAGACUUAGUCAAUUGGAAAACUGUCAUUGUGAGAAGACUUGUCAAGUGAGUGGACUGCUCUAUCGAGACCAAGACUCUUGGGUAGAUGGUGACCAUUGCAGGAACUGCACUUGCAAAAGUGGUGCCGUGGAAUGCCGAAGGAUGUCCUGUCCCCCUCUCAAUUGCUCCCCAGACUCCCUCCCGGUGCACAUUGCUGGCCAGUGCUGUAAGGUCUGCCGACCAAAAUGUAUCUAUGGAGGAAAAGUUCUUGCAGAAGGCCAGCGGAUUUUAACCAAGAGCUGUCGGGAAUGCCGAGGUGGAGUUUUGGUAAAAAUUACGGAAAUGUGUCCUCCUUUGAACUGCUCAGAAAAGGAUCACAUUCUUCCCGAGAAUCAGUGCUGCCGUGUCUGUAGAGGUCAUAACUUUUGUGCAGAAGGACCUAAAUGUGGUGAAAACUCAGAGUGCAAAAACUGGAAUACAAAAGCUACUUGUGAGUGCAAGAGUGGUUACAUCUCUGUCCAGGGAGACUCUGCCUACUGUGAAGAUAUUGAUGAGUGUGCAGCUAAGAUGCAUUACUGUCAUGCCAAUACUGUGUGUGUCAACCUUCCUGGGUUAUAUCGCUGUGACUGUGUCCCAGGAUACAUUCGUGUGGAUGACUUCUCUUGUACAGAACACGAUGAAUGUGGCAGCGGCCAGCACAACUGUGACGAGAAUGCCAUCUGCACCAACACUGUCCAGGGACACAGCUGCACCUGCAAACCGGGCUACGUGGGGAAUGGGACCAUCUGCAGAGGUAGGCUUACCACCUUAGGGAUUUCUUUAGAGCUAUUGGAUGAUUUGACCAUAAAUCAUAAGCAUAAAGACAAGAUUGAUGUGAACGUGGAUGACAAAAAUCCCUUUUAG